AUGCACAAAUCAGUUGUCUUUCUUGCGAUACUUGCAAAGCUAGCCGUCGGUAUCGACCUAGUUGAUCGGCAGGUAACUAAAUACGGAUACGUUGUGUGGGAUGGAAGGUUCCUGGAUCACAACACCACCGACGACAUUGCUGGGUGGUCUUGGAAUAAUCGAGAUGGUUAUGCAUACCAAUGGUAUAAAGUGAGUCUCCCGCUCAAACAUUUUCAACAGUCAACUGAAUAAUCACUAGCACGGUCCUGGUGUUACCGAUGAAUACCUCGCUUUCGAUCCCAAACUCAAGAACCCAGCGGAUCUACAGAGCAAGGUCGGUGUGAAAAUGACUGUCACUGAAACCUCAUAUUGGACCAAUUGGGAUAAUGUAGUCGAAAAAGUGCGAAGAACCAACCUGAUUCCCGAAGGUGCAGCAGCAAUUGAUGCACCUACUCCAGUAGGUACUGGGUUGCUUUAUUACCACUUCAGCAUCCUACGAAGCAUCAUCAACCCGCUUGAUGUGGCUAAAAGGCACAAAUUCGCUUUUUUCGAACCUGAAGACGCUUGGUACUCACCACUUCCUUACUUCACGGAAUUGGUCUUUGGUGGAGCAGCUGGUAAGAACCUGACUUGGAACGUCGCCAACCAAUCACAUUGGACCGCUCCAUGGGAAAUUGAUGUCUGGUAGGUAACAUCUAAGUUAUUUCUUUGUCUUUCGAGUUAUUCUAGAGUAUCUGAGAUGUCUUUUACAUCGUUUCUUUCUCCUCCACUUAUCUGAAUCAAUAUUGUUACUCAAAAUGGUAAUGCUAACUCCAAAAUUUCACACCAGGCAAAAUUUCGCAUACGCGAUCGAUUUUACCGAAUACGAUGGGCAUAUAACACUAUAUUAUUCCACGGGAGGGAAUGAUCUGGUGGCCGUUAGCGAAGUUAUCAAAACCAACACGGAGUCUACUGGUCAUGAUUGGUGUAUUGGUCAGCUUGUAGAACCCGAUGGCGAUUACGUCUUCAAGGAAGAUGUCUAUUAUUCUGGCGUCUAA